CUCUCUGCUGUCACCCAACACCCCUCUCUUGCAAAGAUGUCUUCGAAGAAGGAGUCCAACUUCCUGGUUGACUUCGCCCUCGGCGGAGUCAGCGGAGCCAUCGCAAAGACGUGCACGGCACCGAUCGAGCGCGUGAAGCUCAUUAUGCAGACUCAGGACGCCAACCCGCGUAUCAAGUCGGGAGAGGUGGCCCGGUACACCGGUAUCGUGAACUGCUUCACUCGCGUGCACCAGGAGCAGGGCCUCGCGGCCUUCUGGAGAGGGAACACCACCAACGUCAUCCGGUACUUCCCCACCCAGGCGUUCAACUUCGCCUUCAAGGACCAGAUCAAGGCCCUCUUCCCCAAGGUCAGCCCCAAGGAUGACUUCGCCAAAUUCUUCGCAAUCAACAUCGCCUCCGGCGGUCUGGCCGGCGCGGGUAGCCUUUGCUUCGUGUACCCCCUCGACUUCGCACGGACCCGGCUUGCGUCCGACGUGGGGUCGGGCAAGCGCGACUUCACUGGCUUGUGGGACUGCCUGAGCAAGACGGCCAGGGGCCCUAAGGGCGUGCUGGGUCUCUACAACGGGUUCGGCGUUUCCGUGAUGGGCAUCAUCCCGUACCGUGGUGUGUACUUCGGCCUUUACGACACGGGUUCGGCCAAGAACCCCUUCAAGAACGACACCGGCAUCAAGGGGAUGACCUCCAAGUUCGCCAUCGCCCAGGCCACGGCCAUCACUGCUGGGUACGCGUCGUACCCGUUCGACACCGUGCGCCGUAGGCUCCAGAUGCAGUCGGAGAAGCCGAGGUCGGAGUGGCACUACCAGGGUGCGUUGGACUGCCUGAAGAAGAUCCUGAAGGAGGAGGGGAACUCUGCCUUGUUCAAGGGUGCCAGUGCUAACGUGCUCCGUACGGUCGGGUCCGCCAUGGUGCUCGUCAUGUACGACCAGUUCAAGACCCUCAUGGCCCUGUCCUAAACUUCAGCAGGACACGACACGUGUUGACUUGUUUGUUACCCGAGUCGCCUUAGUGUUCACGGAUGGGCUACAAAAGCUCCGGGACGCGUUGGGGGACGUGGUAGUGCACAAGCAGUUUUGAGUUGUCGCGAACUGUUGUAAUGCCUGGCUGCCUGCGUACAGCAGCGGUACCACCGUCUGCGCUACUGUGAGCAGAAACGGCCUGGCUGGCUUGGGCCGAUAGUAGUGCAUCGCCUGGCAGUAGUAGCCUAAUGCACGCUACCGGUCUUGGUUUCCUGUUGUGUGUGUGGGCAGCCACGGGUAACGGGUAGUGACGCCCAUGGUCGCUGCGCGCGAGCGUGUCGACACGGGAGGGUAGGCGGUUGAAAGAGGUGGUGGUGGUGGGUGACAAAAAUGAAGAGAGAGGCUGAGACACAUUUGAUCAAGGUUUUCGCCGCAUGUUUUUUACAGCCCUGAUAUCAUCUCAGUCUCUUUUGUCUGGUAGGGAUGACGUUUUCAUCCAAACUAGUUGCGGUUUUCUGGAGAGUUGGACGUAAACCGACACGCAAGGAUUGGAGAGUAGCGAAGUGCUCGCUCUCUCCUUUCUUUCUCAAAAGAAUUUCGGUUCGCAAUUUUGGUCAAUUUUUUGCUAAUAUUUUCUCAGCCAUCCAUGUCUCCUGGCUUCUUGGCUGAAACCUGGAAACCGCUCACGGGUCUUAAUCCCUUCAGCCAUGACGAAAACAACGCGCAGUAUCCAGCAGGAGUCAAGUCAAGUUAACCGUCAUUUUUGAC